CUACCAUCUGUCAAUUCUGUCAUUAAAAGAACUCAUUGUUGACUCAUACUUAUUGUUCACUUUGUAUUUACAUACAAAAAUCUUAAAGUAACGAAAUAUUCGCCAGUACGACAUUAGUUCAGCAAAAUGUUCUCAAUAUUUGGUAAGCGCAAAUCUCCUGUGGAAGUUGAAGUAGAAGAAGAACCUCCGAUCCCUGGUGCGCGUUCCGAUGAUGGAUUCGUCGUAGUUGACCCAAGUUCGCCCAGGAAUAGUUUGUACCCUAACGUUGCUGGUGGUGGAGGAUCAAAUCCUUACGUGCCGCGACCAGCGCCGCCAGCUCCCACUAGAACUGCUUUCGUUGACCCAACAUUCCAUUACUUGCAAGGCGUACCGUUCACUAUGUCUAAAACUUUACAAAUGGCAUCGAAAAAGGAUACGUUCGCUACAGAAAUGGCAGAUCUCCUCGCAUUCCUGACCAGUAAAGUCAAUAUGAGUGGAUAUGAUUAUGACUUCAAUGUGGAGCGCAGUGUUUUGAAGGAAUGUUGAUUAUUUAACUGUGAAGCAGCCUCUGAAAAUGACAAUGUUGUCUACUUACAUAGUGGAAUAAUGAUUCCACUAUGUAAGUAGACAACAUUGUCAUUCAACAAUUCUAAUGAGAAUUGUUUCGAAUUUUUUAAUUUAAACCAGACAUGUGAUACAUAGAUUCAGAAGAGUACAUUUUUUACUGCUCAUAGUUAAUGUCGAAAACUGAUAUUUAAUUUUUAAAGAAUUUAUAACAACAUGAACAAAAAUGUUUCUAGCCAUAAUUAAUCAACGUUCAGUAGGCCUAGGACAUAAAUAGAUGUAGAUCAUCUCGAUACAAUGCAUUGUAAGGCUUAAUAAAGUUAUGCAAUAAAUAUGUUUGCAUAUUAAUUAUAAAUAUUGUUUAGGAAGUUAACAAAAUGUAUUCUCAUUUCUAUUUUUAAUUAUAAAAUUGUAAAUAAAAGUACAUAAUUGAAAUAAAA